CAAAAAAACCAAACCUCAAAAACAAAAUCCUUGCCGACUACACCUCAACCAGCUACCAAUUAUAAUUUAACCCAAACAAUUUUAACCAUGGUUAGUAUUCAACCCUAAUAUCCCUUGCUUAACCAUGGUCCACUUAUUGCGGUUAAGAUUUAAGAAAAGAAAAACAAGAACAAAAACAACAAAUUCUCCUCCCUUCCCUCCCUCUUCCUCUCAUUUUAUUUUUUUUUUUUUUCUAUCUUAUGAUUUGCUACAAAGAGGGAAAUUGAAUGAAAGGCUUGUUAGUUCUUCUAGUUUCCUCCUAACUGAUCCUUCUGUUACCUGGGGAAAAUUUUUGGUUUUCGUUGGACAGUGCCCUGGGACUUUUCAACACUCUUCUGCUGAUCCAAAUGUGCUUUUCCAUGUAAACUGGAUAUGAAAAUUGAAGUGGGUAUGGGAGGUGGGGCUUGGAACGAUGAAGAUAAGGCUAUGGUUGCUGCUGUUUUAGGAACAAGAGCAUUUGACUACUUGAUAUCAAGCUCAGUUUCAAAUGAGAACCUUUUAACGACCAUAAGUAGUGAUGAGAAUCUUCAAAACAAGCUUUCAGAUCUUGUGGACCGGCCCAACGCUUCCAAUUUUAGCUGGAACUAUGCCAUUUUCUGGCAAAUAUCGCGGUCCAAGUCUAGCGAUUGGGUCCUUGGUUGGGGUGAUGGGUGUUGUAGAGAGCCUAAAGAAGGAGAAGAAUCUGAAGCUACUCGGAUUCUUAAUCAGCGGCUCGAAGACGAGAAUCAGCAAAGGAUGAGGAAAAGGGUUUUGCAGAAAUUGCAUAAUUUGUUUGGUGGAUCAGAUGAGGAUAAUUAUGCUCUUGGGUUGGAUAGAGUUACUGAUACUGAGAUGUUCUUUUUAGCAUCCAUGUAUUUUUCUUUUCCACGAGGAGAAGGCGGUCCAGGGAAGUGUUUUGCUUUCGGGAAGCAUGUUUGGAUCUCGGAUGCAUUGAAAUCAGGUUCUGAUUAUUGUGUUAGGUCGUUUUUGACUAAGUCUGCUGGAGUUCAGACUAUUGUUUUGGUCCCUACUGAUGUUGGUGUUGUUGAAUUGGGGUCUGUGAGAUCCGUACCUGAAAGCUUAGAGUUGUUGCAAUCAAUAAGAAGUUCAUUCUCGUCUAAUUCGGCCUUUAGUAGGGCAAAGCAAAUGGCCGUAGCAAUACCAAUGGCGAAUGAGAAGAAUGAUGAAAAUACCCAUUUUUCGAAUUUUGGGAGUGUGGAGAGAGUGGAAAGCAUUCCGAAGAUUUUUGGGCAGGAUCUGAACAACACUACACAUGGUCAUUCCAAUUGUCGGGAGAAACUUGCCGUUAGAAAAAUGGAAGAUAGAUCAACAUGGGGAACACUUGCUAAUGGUGGUAGGCUUUCAUUUUCAAGUCAAAAUGGUCUUCAUGGUUCAGGUUGGCCACAUGUUCAUGGUUUGAAACAAGGAAGUCCAACAGAAAUUUAUGGUUCUCAAAACACUUCAAAUAAUUUUCAAGAGCUUGUUAAUGGGGCUAAGGAAGAGUUUCGGCUUAACCACUGUCAGUCACAAAAGCCAGCUCAAAUGCAGAUUGAUUUUUCUGGGGCAACUUCAAGGCCUUCUGCAAUUACUCGGCCAUUAAGUGCUGAAUCUGAGCACUCAGAUGUUGAAGCUCCGUGCAAGGAAGAGAAGCCGAGUGCAGCUGAUGAAAGGAGGCCCCGAAAAAGGGGUAGAAAACCUGCUAAUGGAAGAGAGGAACCUCUUAAUCAUGUUGAAGCAGAGAGGCAGCGGCGUGAGAAGCUGAACCAGCGGUUCUAUGCCUUACGAGCUGUGGUGCCCAACAUAUCCAAGAUGGACAAAGCUUCGUUGUUAGGAGAUGCAAUUGCUUAUAUCAAUGAGCUUCAGGCAAAACUUAAGGUCAUGGAAGCAGAGAGGGAGAAGUUUGGUAGUAGUUCAAGAGAUUUCGCAGGGUUGGAUCCUAAUCUAAAUGCAGAGAAUCACACCCGAGCUCUUGAUAUUGAUGUUCAAGCUGUUAAUGAUGAGGUUGUUGUAAGAGUAGGCUGUCCUUUAGAUUCACAUCCUGCAUCAAGAGUAAUCCAAGCAUUUAAAGGGGCAGAGAUUAAUGUACUUGAGUCAAAACUUGUUGCAGCAGAUGAUACUGUGUUUCAUACAUUUGUAAUCAAGUCUCAAGGAUCAGAGCAGCUAACAAGGGAAAAGUUGAUUGCAGCAUUUUCGCGUGAAUCGAAUUCCUUACAGCCAUUAUCAUCGCUUCGGUAGCACACAAUUGCAUUUAGCAUAGUCCAUAGGCAUAAAGUUAUAGUGAAGAACCAGAUUCGAAGCUUCUUCAGAGGUUUUUGAUAUACAGCAAGUGAUCCUUAGAGGAGCAGAAGGGCCUGCUAGGAGUAGAAAUAACUACUUAUUGACCAAGUAGGGCAGCAAAUUUUCUGUGAUUGUUUAUAUCAUACAUAUUCUCUUAUAAUGAGUUAUUUCUGCAAGAUGAAUUAAAUUUUGUAAGUUCAACCAACUAUGCUUUUGUUGGUUGUUUAGAAACUGAUUUUUUUUUAGUUUGUUUAAUUUUUACCUUCCCCCAGUGUUUUGUUCUUUGCUCUGUUCUCUACCUCAUCAGACUCACCUUUGACCAAUUAAAGAAUGAUUUAAUGCAUAUCAUUUCAGUUUUCUUGAUUUGGUCUUUUUUUCCCCUCUGCAAGUGAUCUGCAAUGGGUUGUUAAUCCCCAGUAUUAUACGCCAAUGUAUCUACUUGUAAAGCUAAGAUACAUUUGUUGUAGAAAUAAGUAUGGUCUUCUAUUGGCGAAAUUGUGUAUUAAAGUACUUGUGCUUAAUGGAUAUAUAUAAUAUGAUGUCUUUGCGUUUCUGUA